GAAAUGGGGGUCCUGACGGGGUGAACUGGGCCCAGAGGUCCGGUAGGUAUGGGCUGCGGAGAGGACCCGGUGUCCGGAAUCCAAUACUCCGCACAGCCUCUGAAAGGGAAGGCUGGGGAACGAGCAUUUGCCAAACCUACUUCAUGCAAGACUGAGCACUGCGCCGCACGUGCAUCUCCUGCAGCCCUGAUAACAACCUGAUUUACAGAGCCCCAGUGGACCAUGGUGGCCUCCAGGCUCUAUACCUUGGUGUUGGUACUGCAGCCGCAGCGCGUUCUUCUGGGCAUGAAGAAGCGGGGCUUUGGGGCUGGCCGUUGGAAUGGCUUCGGGGGCAAAGUACAAGAAGGAGAGACCAUCGAGGAUGGGGCCAAGAGGGAGCUGCAAGAGGAGAGUGGUCUGACAGUGAACACGCUGCACAAGGUGGGCCACAUUGAGUUUGAGUUCGUGGGCACCCCCGAGCUGAUGGAUGUGCACAUCUUCUGUACUGACAGUGUGCAGGGGACGCCCCUGGAGAGCGACGAAAUGCGCCCUCAGUGGUUCCAACUGGACCAGAUCCCCUUUGGUGACAUGUGGCCUGACGACAGGUACUGGUUCCCACUCCUGCUUCAAAAGAAGAAGUUCCAGGGGUACUUCAAGUUCCAGGGUCAGGACACCAUCCUGGACUUCUCACUGCGCGAGGUAGAAGAAAUCUAGCACCAAGCUGGAGUUGCCAGUUCAGCCACAUUCAUGGCACCAACAGUUGGGCUUAUUUUUUCUGUUUGGUAAGGAAAAUAAAGGGCUUCACCUUUGAA